AUGUGGGCCCCUGCCAUAAGGCAAGGCUUCCCUCUCGUGCUUGCUCUCAAGAGAGCGUCCGUCGUCCCCCCCUCCGCGAGGCCAGUACUCUGUCAUUCCUACGCGUGGAAGGCUAACCCACAUCUCGGCAAGCCUCCUCCGGGAGAGGUCCUGAUGAAGACUGCGAAAGCAGCAGGGAUACUCUCAGGAGGCUUUUCGCCAGAUGCUAGGACAUGUAGAGCUCUAAGAAUUUCGAUUUUGCGAAAUGGCCUCUCAAAAGGCAAUAGUGACACCCGGAACCCUGUGUGUGCUUCUCCCGACGCACCAGCUGCUGCAGCACAUGUUUCUCCCCCAUCACAUAGAGUCUUUGAGGCAGUAGGAGUCAGCCGGCGAAACUUCAGCACCCGCAACAUCCGGGGUCGCCUUUUCUACAAGCGAAGGCCGCUGCAGGUUCCGAGGCUUAAACCCCCCAACAUACGGAGCAAAUGGCUGGAAGGGGCCCCCCACAAGAAGGGCAUCUGUGUGAAGGUCAGAGUCCAGACUCCCCGUAAGCCAAACAGCGGUUUGCGCAAGGUUGCGAGGGUGCGUCUCUCCACCGGCCGUGUGGUGCUGGCGUACAUACCAGGGGCAGGGCAUUCGUUGUCAGUACACUCCAGCGUUCUCUUGAGAGGAGGAAGAUGUCCAGACGUCCCUGGAUGCAACUACAAAGCCGUUAGGGGAGUGUAUGAUUUGUUGCCAGUGAAGAAUAGAGGACGCAAGAGGAGUAAAUACGGGGUCAAGCUGGCCCCCGAAAGGAAAGAAUGGAUGCGGCAGAGGCAGAACCAGAGGCACCUUACUACAGACGCGGAUAGAGAGCACUUUAACGCCUUCAAGUGGGCCACGUGGACGAACUCGCAGGGGGAACCUCUCCUCCGGAAGCUUGCGCAGGAAGAGGAGGUUCCCAGAGACGUCAAACAUUUUAACAAGUGGUUUAGGCUCAGGACACAACGCAGGGGAGAACAAGCUUGA